AUGAAUUUUGCACUUGACUAUCCAAGAUUGAAAAAUGUGGCAUUCCCGUUGUGGCUCAGCAGACAGUGCUUCUUCCCUUGGGUGGAAAAUGGACUUUCUGCGUCAUCAGGACAAACACACCGGGAAGGUGACACUGUACAAAUUGCCUGUGACGCCGGCUACAGGCUCGGGAACAAUCAGAGCAGCAUUACAUGUGCAGAAGGUGGCUGGUCCUCCCCCCCGCAAUGCAGUCCUGCCUACUCUCAAGGAAAAUGUGGGCCGCCUCCAUCCAUAGACAAUGGAGACACAACUUCAUUCCCACUACCAGUGUAUCCUCCGGGAUCAGUCGUCCAGUACCAAUGCCAGUCCUACUAUCAACUUGAGGGAAGCAGCUACAUAAAAUGCGAGAAUGGACAGUGGUCAGAACCACCAAAAUGCUUAGAUGCAUGUGUAGUUUCAGAAGAAAUGAUGAGAAAACAUAACAUAGAGCUAAAAUGGAGACCAGAUAAAAAACUUUAUUCCAGAACAGAUGAUAUUAUUGAAUUUCGGUGUAGACAAGGAUAUUAUAAGAGGACGCCACUGCAUACAUUCCGAGUAACCUGUCAGCAAGGCAAAGUGGCCUAUCCUACGUGUGGAUAAAACAGUGAUUAAAAUGCAGUCAUAAAACUGAAAUAUGUACAUUUACUCAGAGUUUGUCAUUAUUAAUCCAAUUCUCCAUUUAUUUGAUCGACUAUUAUUGUUUAACUCAUCUUUAUUCAGAAAUCAGCGGAUUUUGUAAUUAUAAUCUGGGAAACCAAUGAAUUACUUCUUUAAAGCAUCUCAUUAAACUUGGCAAAUCAAAA